UUUGCCAUGACGCGUGCCUCGCUCGGAUGGAGCAAGGGCAAGGUCGUCAAGACCGAGGUGGCCGACGUGCAGGUGUUCAAGGGCCCCAGUGUGCACCAGGGUCGCCUGGCCAAGUGCGCAUGGCACGGCAGACACAGCGUGAGUGGAGAGAGAUGGACGCAGGUGGAGUAGAGCAGGAUGCUUGGAAGAGGCGAGAGAGAGGAGAACGGGCGAGCGCGAGGAGGGCAGGUCUAUCGCUCUGGCGCUGGCUGUGGAGCGGCUGUGGCAGCAUUGUCAGCUCGUUGCUUCUGCAUCAGCUACACGAUGCCCUGGCCUCUCAUCCUUCUAGCGCCGGCUUGAUGCAUGCCCUGGCUCUCUCACCGCGCUUUCUGCCCGCUAACGUCUAUGUCCGCAGGUCCACCCGCCCGCGCAGACAAAGGGCAACCUGACGUGGGACGACUUCCGCGCCGGCCUCUUCGUCGACCACCCAUCGCAGGAGACCGAGUACAUCGAGGAGAUGACGAGUGCCGUCGAGGUCGACGUGCUGGAGCGCGGCGUCGCCGAGGUGUGGAACAAUACUUACGCACUGCCGACCCUGACGGCAAACCGCGACUUCCUGCAGCUGCUGCUGACGCUCGAGCUGCCGCGGCACGCCGAGCCGUACAGCGAGGCGCAUGAGGCGCAGCUGCUGGCCUCGCUCAAGGGCGAGUCGCUGCCUGAGCCGGGCCCGGAUGCGCUGCGCUCUUUCAUCGUCAUCCAGCUGCCCGUGUCGCAUGACAAGUGCCCCGAGCGCGGGCCGGAGGGCUACGUGCGCGCCUACUACGCCAGCGUCGAGGCGAUCCACGAGCGCGCAGACGGCACGACCGAGUGGCGCAUGUUCCUGCAGUCCGACGCCUCGGGCCGCGUGCCGCUCUUCUUCCAGGAGAUGGCCAUGCCGUCAAAGACGGCGCCCGACGUGCCGUGCUACAUCAACUGGAAGGCCAAGAAGAACGAAGAGGCUGGGCGCGUGCCAACGGCCACGAGCACGGCGCCUACUCACACUGCCUCGUGAGGGCACCUUCAUCCUCACUAGAGCGUCGAGACGCUCUCUGCACCGCUCGUCGCUGGGCCUUGAUACCACCACGUCCUGCCACGGACACGCCAAUAUCUAUACUUCUGUGC